AUGAAGGCCUCAAAAGUUCUCUACGCUAUAGGGUUUCUUUACGCUAUAGGUUUGGCACAGCUAGGCUUGGCUGUCCCCGUCCCAGCAACUAGUUUGGAUGCAAUCUCCUACGUCCCAGGCAAGCCAGGUCGCCUUGCCAGAGUCACUCGCCCGCCCAUAUUACGCCACUUGACAUCAGUCUCUACUGUUACGGAUGCCGAGGAAUACGUCGGACAGAAAAUUGGUUUCAAGUUCAACAACCGUCCAGUGUCACCAUCCGAAAAUAUACCGCCGUCACUCGCUCUAGUUGCGCCUCAGCCACUAAAGACCACCUAUCUUCUGUCACUCUCUGCGCAGCUACGAUCUGGAAAGGAAAGAGUGUUGGACGUGGUGGGCGACGGAACUUCUGAGACGAUCGAGUGCUGCCAUGACAGCAUCUUAUGUGCUUUGUUCCAAAAGGAUACUACGAAGACGAAAUAUUGCUUUUUUCGCCUUAAAUGUAUUUGCUUACUGUAA